AUAACCAGUGGACAAACAUCAGAUCCUACAACUUCCAGCUCUGACCCAUGCUAUGAUUAUAACAUUCUUGAUAACUACUGGAGAGACAUACGGCAAAAUUACUACUAUGGAUAUGAUGACAGCCUUGUUGAAUGGAGUGGCUGGUAUCGUCUGUAUCUGAAUGGAGAAAGUGCCCAGAUGUCUGAGUCGUGUGUCAGUAAUAUGAACUGUGGUGGAUACACUGCACUGUAUCUAAGUGGUUCUCAUCCAACACUUGAGGAUGGAGUUGUGACCCGUGAAGUUGUAGGAACUACUUCAUUGUGGUGGUGGGGUUAUUCCAAUCAGUGUGGUGCCUACACAUCCACAUCCAUCCAAGUCAAAGCCUGUCCAGGAGAUUACUACGUCUAUGAAUUUGUCAAACCCAUCACAUCAGCCUACAAACCUACAUACUGUGCAGUGUCUUUCAGCAGCAUCAGCAGUGAUCCCUGCUACAACUAUGAGUCUCUGGAUCGUCCCUGGAGAGCCAACAAUGAAAGUGGAGACUACAUUUGUGAUGAACGUUUCUCCUGGAGCGGCUGGUACCGGCUUUUCUACUAUGGAAUGAACAUCCAGAUGUCAGAGACCUGUAUCAGUUCAUACAGCUGUAGCACAUACAAUAAUCUAUGGCUCAAUGGUCCUCAUCCUGAGAUAGAGGAUGGAGUGGUGAUCAGAGAAGUCUGUGGAGGGACCUAUUGGGGUGAAUGCUGUUCUUAUAAGACAAUCCCCAUCAGAGUGAAAGCGUGUCCAGGAAACUACUAUGUCUAUGAACUUGUGAAUCCACAGUUUGGGUGUUCAGGAUACUGCACAGAUGUCAGCACUAUUUCACAGGCUCCUACUGUAAGUCCAGAUAUAAUCACUGGAUCCAGCAUCACCUUGAAUUAUGACCCGUGUGAUAACUACAACAUAUUAGACAACUACUGGAGAAGCACAUUCAAUUACUGGUCUAUGUAUGGAUUCAUCUCUGAUCAUGAUGACACUCGUGUUGAAUGGGACGGCUGGUAUCGACUCUUCAUUGAUGGAUCGAGUGCUCAGAUGCCCGAGUGGUGUUUUUAUUACAUGUCAUGUGGAAGUUUUAGUUCUCUGUAUCUUGGUGGCUCUCAUCCUCGUCUAGAAGAUGGAGUUGUUACUCGUGAAGUUUUUGGCUCUCACUAUUAUCAGUGCAGUCGCUACACAUCUGAACCAAUCCAAGUCAAAGCCUGUCCUGGAGAUUAUUAUGUCUACAGAUUGACCAGACCAACUCUUUCCAUCCCAGUUCCUGUAUAUUGUGCAGUACCUUUCUCCACCCCAAGUGUUGAUCCCUGCUACAACUACACCAGUCUGGACGAGCCUUGGAGAUCCACAGACAACUAUUACUAUAAUAACUAUUACUACUAUAGUAUGUGUGAUUAUAAUGUGGAGUGGAAAGGCUGGUACAGGAUGUUCUACAACGGUCAAAAUGCCCAGAUGCCAGAAUCAAAUGUUAAUACUGGAAUGUGUGGCACUUCUUCACCACUGUGGCUGAAUGGAUCUCAUCCACAGCUAGAAGAUGGAGUGGUCACUCGUCAGGUCUGUCUCUCCUCAUGGGAUGGCUACUGUUAUUACACAUCCCACCCUAUACGAGUCAAAGCCUGUCCUGGAGAUUACUAUGUUUAUGAGUUCGUCAAGCCAAGUUUUUGUGGAGCUUACUGUAUAGCCUCAAAUCAGUCCAUCGAAUCAAUGUCUACAACACCAGAGACAAUCCCAUCAGAAGAAUCCAUUACUCCACCAGUCACAACCACUGCUCCACCUGUUGACCCCUGCUACAACUACAAUGUUCUGGACGAUUCAUGGAGAUCCACCAACAAUCAAUAUUCCUCUCAAGUAAUGUGUGACGCUUGGGUCAGCUGGAACGGCUGGUACCGUCUCUACAUUCAGAAUCAGAGCGUUCAGAUGCCAGACACAUGUGUUGAAGAGUAUAGCUGUGGUACUCAUGCUCCACUCUGGCUGAACGGAGGACAUCCAACAGUUGAGGAUGGAGUGGUCACUCGAGAUGUCUGCGGUCACUGGAGCAAUAACUGCUGCUUUUUCCAAUCCAAUCCCAUUAAAGUCAAAGCCUGUCCAGGAGAUUAUUAUGUCUAUGAGCUUGUGAGCCCAAGUACCUGCAAUUUAGCAUACUGUGCAGAUGCAAGCAACAUAACCACUACCUCUACUACUGUAACACCAGAGACAACCACAGCUGAAACCACAACCACAGAAACUACAGCUGAAACUACAACCACAGAA